AUGAUGACGCUAACAAUGUCUCUAAUUGUGGCUGUCACACUAAUCCUCACUUCAUUCAUAUAUGCUUUUUACCAAACACUAUGCCUCAAAAAUCCUGCCUUCACAAAUUGGCCUUUUAUUGGCAUGUUACCACAAUUUAUUUGGAACAUGUCACAUAUUCAUGAGUAUUCAACACAAAUGUUGAAAUCAAAAGGUGGCACAGUUGAAUUUAUAGGACCUUGGUUUACCAACAUGAAGGGAAUAAUCACAACUGAUCCAAUGAAUGUUCACCACAUCAUGAGCAAGAGAUUCGACAACUUCGUAAAAGGUAAUUUGUUUCGUGAAAUGUUUCAACCUUUUGGUGAAGGAAUUUUCACUACCGAUUCACAUAAAUGGAAAUAUAAUAGGAACCUUGUCCAACAUCUAUUUAAACAAAAAAGCUUUGAAACUUUUCAAGAGAAAAUCAUUCACAACAAAGUUGAAAAAUCAUUGAUUCCUUUAUUGAAUCAUGUUCAACAACAAAAUGAGUCAUUAGUCGAUUUACAAGAUGUCUUCAAUCGUUUCACCUUUGACAAUAUAUGUUUAAUAGUUCUCGGACAUGAUCCGAAUUGUCUUUCAUGUGAUUUUCCCGAAGUUGCUUACGAGAAGGCUUUUAACCAAGCAGAAGAAUCCAUCUUCUAUAGACACACUAUGCCCAGUUAUAUUUGGAAGUUGAAAAGAUGGCUUCAAAUAGGUGAAGAGAAAAAAAUGAUCGAAGCAUGUAAAAUAUUCGAUAAAUUUCUAUUUUCAUGUAUAGCAUCAAAGCGCGAAGAGGUUAGAAAAAAUUUUAACACGAAAGAAAUCAAUAUUGAAACCGAUGAAGCUCAUCAUAUUGAUUUUCUAACAAUGAUGAUCAGAGAAGAAGAAGAAACAAAGUGUAGUGAAAGUGAAUUGCGUGGUGACAAGUUUCUAAGAGACGUUGUAUUCAAUCUCUUUGUAGCGGGAAGAGAUACUAUAACUUCGGCGCUUACAUGGUUCUUUUAUCUAGUUGCUACACACCCUUUAGUGGAAGCAAAGAUUCUUGAAGAGAUAAAAGAAAAUUUUGGACAUAAAGAGAAGCCUUGGGUGUUAAGUGUUGAUGAGGUGAAAAAACUUGUUUAUCUUCAUGGAGCUAUAUGUGAGGCAUUGAGGCUUUUUCCGCCGGUACCUUUUGAGAGAAAGGAAACAAUAAAUUCUGAUAUACUUCCUAGUGGUCAUCAUGUUUAUCCAAAAACAAUCAUAUUGUUUUCUGUGUAUGCAAUGGGAAGGUUUGAAGAUAUUUGGGGAGAAGAUUGCUUGGAGUUCAAGCCAGAAAGGUGGAUUUCUGAGAGAGGAGGUAUUGUUUAUGAGCCAUCUUAUAAGUUCUUUAGUUUUAAUGCUGGACCUAGGACUUGUUUGGGAAAAGAUUUGGCUUUCAUUCAAAUUAAGAUGGUGGCUGCUUCUAUUUUGUGGAACUAUUGUGUCCAUGUUGUGGAAGGUAGUUGUGUCACCCCUAAUCUUUCAAUUGUACUUCUCAUGAAACAUGGUCUUAAGGUUAAAAUAAGCAAAAGGGGAAUUUAA